UCCGCCCCGGACACGCAGGGAGUCCCGGGCUAGAGGGGGAACCGGUAUGAGGGAAUCCCUGAGUCUACGAGGCACUGACUGACCGGCAUGAAGAAUCCGGGACACUCCGAGGGGAGCAAAGCUGCUGUGCAGCCAGCCGGUACCCAGCGCACCGCCACACGUGAUCAUGUCCAGCUGAAGGUUCCACUCAUUCAGCAACUAUAUCACUGGGACUGUGGUUUGGCCUGUGCCCGCAUGGUACUAAAGUACUUGAACCUCUUGCACGAAGAUGACUUUCAGAAUGCCAUGGAAGAGCUGCACCUCACUAAGAGCAUCUGGACCAUUGACCUGGCCUAUCUGAUGCAGCACUUUGGAGUAAAGCAUCGGUUCUACACGCAGACGCUGGGUGUAGAUAAAGGAUAUAAGAACCAGUCGUUCUAUAGGAAACAUUUCGAUGCAGAGGAGAACCGAGUGAACCAGCUGUUUGCGCAAGCCAAAGCUCGAGGGGUGCAUGUGGAGAAACGCACUGUGAUCAUACAGGAAUUAGAGGAACAUCUUUCCCAGGGACAUGUAGCCAUUGUGCUCGUGAAUGCAGUGGUGCUUCUAUGUGACCUGUGUCCUAGUAGAGUCAAGUACUGCUGCUUCCUUCCUAUUGGACAGAAAUGCUUCUGUAGGAGCAGUGACUACCAGGGUCACUUUAUUGUGUUAUGUGGCUACAACAAGAGUUCUGGCAGUCUGUUCUACAACAACCCAGGAUAUGCCGACCGGCUGUGUCGUACAAGCGUUACAAACUUUGAGGAAGCUCGCAGCAGCUAUGGCACUGAUGAGGACAUCUUGUUCAUCUAUGUGGACAGUUGACCUCUUGCUUUUGCAGCAGCUUAUGGCGGAGCACCGGCUUUACUCAGGAUGGAGUCACGCGGUCAGCAGAGCCUUCUCUGCAUUCAGUGGGAUUCGGAGACAAAUUGUGUCGAACAAAAAAACAUCACAGAUUCUGAGCGAGAAAUACAGUUCACUAGAAUGGUGUUCACUAGACCCCGAUAAUGCUUCCACAGGAAUAUUUUUAAUAUGCCGGGUUAUAUGUUGGAGAGAAUAGUCAAGCAGAUAAAUGGUUAUGCUCACUGCAGCAUGGUGUAGGUUGUGUAUUUACAUGAUAUAUUAUAUUUUGUCCCUCUGCGUAACUGUACAGAAAAUGAGAACACGAUACCACUGCCCAACUCCUUCAUGGUAUGCAUAUUCUAGUUCACAAGGGUCACUCAGUGUUCUUGUGUAAGGGUGAGGCAAGGUAGUUUAAUAGGAGACAUACAAAUUGUAUGUUUAAGACAGAAAAAAACCCAACUAAAACUGGUCCCUUCUUGUAUUUAGAUAAUCUUAAUACCUUGAAACCCA